AUAGGACGCUGAUGGGCCUAAAAUGAUAUGAUAUGGACGUCGCUAUUUGUUCUUCUGUACAGCGAAUUGAAGGCGGAACAUGUUGAAUUCCUCUUUUGUGUUGGUGUUUUGGGUAAUUUAGGGAAAUAUCAUCAAGCAGUUGAAAGCUGUUGACGUGUAUAUUUUUCAAGAUUACAGGGGACAUAACAGGAAAUCAACAUGAAUCUAGAGCGUCUUCCUAACAACGAGAAACUCAGCCUCUGCAGGAAAUACUACUUAGGUGGAUUUGCAUUCCUUCCGUUCCUAUGGCUAGUGAAUGUGGUGUGGUUUUUCAAAGAGGCCUUUUUAAAGCCAGCAUAUACAGAACAACUCCAGAUCAAAACAUAUGUAAAGCGAUCAGGGCUAGGAUUGCUUCUGUGGGUGGCUGUACUCACCACAUGGAUAACCAUAUUCCAGCACUUCAGAGCAGAAUGGGGAGUUGUUGCAGACUACCUUUCCUUCACCAUUCCACUUGGCAUUCCGUGAGACUGAACAAGGUGGGAAACAAGAAAGCUUAGCCCAAUUUGAACUGAUGGUCCACUCAUACACACUAAAGAAUGUCCCAUAUAUUGCUGGAAUAUUUCUCAUUAGGCUAAACUAAUAUGGGGGAUACUGUACAAAAUUAAUAAAAAUAUCUUACAGGCUGUAAUAGUUAAAUGCGUUCUUGAUUUUAAUGUAUACAUUUUUAUAUUUGUGGCUUUGGUGAGGGGCAAAUAUGUCUUAUGAUAUGAAUACCUUUUUUCCUUUCCCAACAUUGUGUCUUUGUGGAUUGUGUCUUUGUCUCAGCACAUUUUAGUAAAUGUGAAAGGAUAUAAUUAAAUUGUUUUGCUUUUGCCCCAAUUUUGUAAUAACUGAUUCUGCAACAACCAUAUUACCAUGUUGUAACAUUAAUAACUGUGUUACAAUGUUUGUACCACAGUCGUUACUAUGUUAGUGACAGUAAUCAACUUAAUUUACUUUCUUAAUGAAAUAAGUGUCUAUUUUAUUAGCUGUAAUAAACUAGUGAGCUUUGAUGGUAGGUUGUGAUGUACAUUGUAUUAGCAUUUUUUUCUGUUUUGAUUGGUAUGUACCUAGACCUGGAUAACAGUAUCAUAUAGGCCUUGUUUAUUAGUGUUGGUAUAUCACUAAAUGCUCACAAUAACAUCGUCUACCUAUUUCAGUCAAGCUUUUCGCACAAGAUUAACCACUUGAAAUGUGAUAAGAUAGUAUAUGGUCAUAAACAGCAUUUCACUUUU